AAUUGUAGAAUCUUGCAGGAAUACAUUUAAAUAUUGACAUUCCCAAGUGGUUGCAUAUACUUCAUUUGGACCGGCUUAAUUCAUAUGCAGUGCAAUGGCUUGAGAAUAGAAGCAAAGCCUUUGAACCAACUUAUAUAUACACUAUGGAAAAGGGAUAUUUCUUGCUACCUGAAGGAGCUAAGUCUCGCCAUAAUAUUCGUACUGUUAACAUUAGCAUAUCAGCUCGGCAUUCCUGUUUUGGAAACAGGUGGCAGCAACUCCUCAUAAACAGAAUUGUCGGAUAUGAUACUAUUUUGAUGAAUAGUUUAUUGACUUCUCCUGGUCAAGGGUAUCUUUAUAAUUAUCAAACAAAGGAGUUUUAUAAUCUUAGUUAUGCACAAGUACCCCCAGAAGGUCCUGCAAGAUUUGGAGGUUUACCCCAAGGUUUUCGUCUUAAGUAAUAGAACUCAGGAACUUGUGUUGGGAGGG